GAGCCGCGCGCUCGUCCACGUUCACUUCUCCAUCUCACCCUUCCAGGUACACGCCCUUUAACUUGUCAGGGGGAAAAGUUUGAGGGAAAGAAAAAAAAAGGGAAAAAAGAGCCUAAAUCACGGAAGAGAUUCGGCUGUCCUACUAGUUUGGCAAGUUCUCUGAGCUCAAAGAGGCGUAGAAAGGCGGAGAAGAGAGCAGAAACUCCUAUUUGCGCACAUUUAUACACUUCAGUUGUCCCGCAGACGGUAUACGAGAGAGGAGUCAUGGAGCCUGCUAUUCAGACCAUGGUGAAGGUCUUCAUGAAGUCGACCAAGGGGAAGGACAGUCUAGGACAGUCUCAAUUCCAGAGCCUUGUCAAGAGCCAGCUCUCCAACAUCCUUUCGGACACAGACAGCAAGGAGGCGGUCAAAGACAUGCGCCAGGGACUGGAUGCCAACCAAGACGGCAAGGUCGGAUUUGAGGAGUACCUGAAGCUGGUCGGCUACCUGGCGGUGUCGCUCAGCGAGCAGCGUGGCCUCGCCAAAGAAGAGUCUGCCAAAAAUGCUGCGUCCGAACCGGUGGUUCUCGCCACCGUUCCGGAUGCCGCCGCUCCGGGCAAAGAGGAGAAGAAGCCCGAAGCCAGCGCAGAGGCAAAGGAGGAAGCCACGCCAGAAGCCAGCGCAGAGGCGAAGGAGGAAGCAACGCCAGAAGCCAGCACAGAGGCGAAGGAGGAAGCAACGCCAGAAGCCAGCGCAGAGGCGAAGGAGGAAGCAACGCCAGAGGCCAAUAAUGACGUAAAAGUAGAAGCAGUUGCUGAAGCAAAGGUGGUAGAAAAUGGAGUAACGGUAGAAAUAAAGUCAGAGGGGGAGACGCAGCCUGAGGCAGCAAAGGAAGAGGAGAAUAAAGCGAUGGCGGUGUUAGACACGGAGGUGGCAGCGGCGGCAGUGGCAGAGGUGGUGAAAAAAGAUGAGAUGAUAGCGGAAAUAGGAAAGCUGGAGGAAGCUGUAGAGAAGUUGGAUGCAGCGGUGGCUGAAGAAGUGGAGAAGAAGAUAGAGGGCACCUCAUAGGGGACUAUCCAAUCAUUCACCAAAAAAAAGAAAAUCACACUACUCUCUUGCAUUCAACACUAAACAAAACUCAGCAUUAAUGCCAAAAUAAAUUGGUAUGCCACUAAAGAAUGUUCAAAUUCAUACAACCUUGAAAUACAAAAUAUUGCCAGAAGUUGAAAGCCAGUUGCAUUCCCCGUACAUGAUAUAUAUAUAUAUAUAACAGUAGAAUCAUUGCUUUGCACCACUACUUGCCACUACGCUCAUGAAGCAUAUGCAUCCCACUAUCCAGCACAUUUACCUCAUUAUGACACUAGACUAUGUGCACAAUCAUAUGCAUGCCAUGUCCCUGUGAAAAGCUUACUGCAAAAUCUGACUUACCUGCAGUGACCAGAGUGUCUCUGCAGUUAUUAAGAAGUUUAAAUACCGUCCUCUUCCCACUUUUAUCCUAAUCUGGCUAUCAUCUUUAACUCCUCGACGCUACUUACUAAUAGUAAGACGUCCUCAAAGCACUAAUGGCGUCAAGGAAUAUUUUGUCAUUUGGGAAAUUUGAUCACGCUUUCUUGCCAGGAGUUGGAUGAGACGGGCGACGCCCCGUUAUACUCGUCCGUGCAGGAUGAAGCCAGAUAGCUAACUUUAGCUGUAAUGUCUGAUUCCAAUGGCUAACUCUCUGCAAGAGACCUAAUCAUUUCCCAGAAUGUUGAACUAUUAUUAUAAUGUAUGCAGGAAAAUCACAAAUAACACAUUUUUUUAUACAUUCUUUCAUCUUUUAACUCUCAUUGCUAUGGAGCUGAUUUGGCAUGACAAUAAACAAAUUGUUUUGCUAAAGACUUGCAUUACUUCAAGCUAAUAUAAUUGCGUACUCUGUCGAUGUUACCUUCCUAGUCUACUUUAUAGUCUCUGUCUCUUUCUUUCAUUUCUGUAAUUCCCAGAGAGGUACUCAUGUAGGCCCUUCAGUAUGUUCCCUUGAGUCGCAUUCAGCCACCGACUAUGGAACUGGAAGAUAAAGUGAGGCCCUAUAGGAUAAAUAAUUAAGGUUCAAGGAUGGAAUCAACACCAAAGAACGUCUUUAGUCAAAUGGGAGCCCAGAAUAGUUCCUGGGAGUGGACUGGUCACCAGAGGAGGUGUUCAUGCAACCUAAUCCACCUGGAUUAGAGCUGGCAGACAUGAACAACACAGCAAACAUCAAGAAGUUAAAAAAAGAAGCCUAUAACAGGUGUCACCUGUUGGCAGUUUUGAUCUUAUGUGCUUUACAAUACAAUUUGUGCAUCUUAAUUUGUUGCAUGUCUUUCAAACCAUAUGGCAUUUCAAUGGUUAUUGAUCCAUAAAUGUGCUGGAUGGCACAUCAUCUGCAGCGGCUCCUGGUAGAACUGGAUCGGAGUGACGGAAAGUGUGUUGGUUGUUUUAAGACCAGUUGUUUCGGCUUGCGUGUUUGUUUGUCGGUUACACCCUCAUUCAGUUAAAGACCCUCUUUGACCUGCAACUGGAUCCUUGAGUCACAGCAUUGGGAAACCACUGGAUUAGGCAUUUGAGGGGUAACACACCCUGGGACACAAACAAUUACAUGAAAGUAAUCCCGGGCUCCAGUGCUUCCGCCCAUCAGACCUGGUGCUUUAACAAAAGAAAAACAGAAGAAUACUGAGCCAGCUAUAUGAAUCCAAGUGGUGGGAUCUUUUUACAACUACUACUACGUACGAUGUUGCAUGCUAUCAGAAACGUAUUUGCUAGUAUUUACAUUGUACUGCAAUCAUUGUGGCCAAAUAUUUAAGUUGGACAUGGCCUCCUUUUAUAUGUCACUUUUUAACCUAACUCUUUCUUGUUUGGACCACUAUGGAGAUCACUUGAAGAUGUACUGCUUUGUCAUAUAUAUGCAAUUUGUUAAUUACAAUUUAAUGAUUUGAUAGUUGUCUCCUCGUAAAUAAUGCAGCCAUGAGAAAAAGGCUCGCGUUGCAGGCCCUCUGUGUUAUAUGUACCUGGCCAGCCGGUUCGUGCUGAAGGCGCACACAUUUUGGGCACACCCCCAAAUAUGCACUGUAACAGCACCUGGUGCCUCAAACUGCUCUGCAGCGAAAUGGGCAAAACAAAUAAACCUGUGAGUCAUGUGGUCUCCCUGCGACACUC